UACAAUGUGCAAAUUUUGUCGCCAGGAUCAGUCUUCUCGAAUGACAUGCGGUAUUUUGGCCAUCGCAGCAAUAAUAGUUUGUGUCAUAGUUAUAGCAUAUAUGUCUACCCGCGACCAUUUUGGCUUGUACAACAAAAUUUAUUUGGGGGCAGCCUGCUUUGGACUUUUAGCUGCAAUAUGUCUUCUGAUUGGUGCUAUAAUGGAGAAUCGCUUUCUCGUAUGGAUCUGGAUAGCAAUAAUGCUCGCAGUGCUUGUGACAGUCAUGACUGUACUGAUUAUCAGGCUGUGCAGAAGCUGGGAUUUCCUUGGUGACAUAGGAAAAGUGUAUAACAUUGUUGGUUUAAUAAUUGGUCCAUGUUUAUGUUUGUAUGGCCUUUAUCAGACGAUGUUGUAUUCGUUGCAUUUGAGAAAAAGAAGAACUGAAGGGCAUCAACAUAAUUGGCUGUAUGUUCUGAGGGGCUGUGGACUGUUCCUUUUUUUGUAA